UGCACUUUAUAAUGCUCGACGAGUAUUUAGCAUGUAGUGUUUUCCUAUUGGUUCAGAAUUAUGAGCAAGAGCCGCCUUCAAACUGCAGCUGAGCGAGAGAGAACGAGAGAGAGAGAGCACCAGACCUCCCCAAACCCAGCGCAUUUGUGCGCGUUCCACGCUGUGCGUGAAUUUAGUUCAGCGAUGCUUCCUAGUAGUUUGAAACCGCGCACUGUUGACUGUGAUGAAGAUAAACAAGGUGACAGGAAAGUUUAUUGAGGAGGCAGGAAACAGCAGCAGCAGGAGGAGCCGGCGGGGAUGAUCUGACGGAGAUCCGCGCACAGACGAGCGGGAUGCGGAGCUCCAGACGGCGGCCGCUGCUGCGCUUCUGCUGCGGAGGAGCGGUGCUGCUGGCCGGGCUGUGGGGCGCGCAGAUCCUGCAGAGCACAGAGUCUUCAUGGCCAGAAGCAGACGUUUACAGACGCAGGAUCCUCCAGUAUGGAAAUGAUAAUCAAACCAUUGACACUCCCAGAGCAGCAAUUCAUGAGUUCCCCGAGGACGUCUUUACCAAAGAGCAGCGGAAGAGAGGAGCGAUACUACUGCACGUGCUGUGUGCGAUCUACAUGUUCUACGCUCUGGCUAUUGUUUGCGAUGAUUAUUUCGUGCCGUCCCUGGAGAAGAUCUCAGAGAAUCUGCAGCUGAGUGAAGAUGUGGCCGGAGCGACUUUCAUGGCUGCAGGAAGUUCAGCUCCUGAAUUGUUUACUUCCUUAAUUGGUGUGUUCAUCACAAAGGGAGAUGUCGGCGUUGGCACUAUAGUUGGAUCAGCCGUCUUCAAUAUAUUGGUCAUUAUUGGUGUGUGUGGCAUCUUUGCCCGUCAGACAGUGGUCCUUACCUGGUGGUCCCUGUUCAGAGACUCUCUGUACUACAUCUUCUCAGUAUUGGCAUUGAUUCUGGUUAUCUUUGAUGAAAGAGUUGUGUGGUGGGAAUCUAUGCUUCUCAUCUCUAUGUAUGGAGUCUAUAUCCUCAUCAUGAAGUUUAACAGUCAGCUUGCCAGUUUUGUCCAGAGAUCGUGUGGUGGUCCAGGUCAGUGUUGUGUGCGCAGAGAAACAUCCAGAGAUAAAGAGGCGGAAGAAGUGGGAGCAAACGGCAACACGUCCAUGGUGCUGCUGAGGAAAGCUCCCGCAGGCUCUGCUCAGGACUCUUCAGUGCUGAUGGUGGACGAGCUCCUCAUCUUAAGGCCUCAUCAGCUCUCCUUCCCAGAGGCUGGCCUGCGCGUCAUGAUCACUCCACACUUCUCUCCGCGCACACGCCUCUCCAUGGCUGGACGCAUGCUCAUCAGCGAGAGACAGAGGCUGCUGAAGGAGAACAGGACGAGCCGGGGCUCGGUGAAGAGCUCCAGGGGAAUGGUGAACGGUGGAAAUGUUGACGCGCAGCAGACGCUGGAGGACGCAGGAGUGAAGCUGGAGGUGGAGAACACUCAGCCUGAGGAAGAGGAUGAAGACGAGGACCAGAUCUUCAGACCGCUCCGUAUCCCUGCGGGCUGCAGUGCGCGUCUGAAGUGGCUGGUGUCCUGGCCGCUGGGUGUUUUACUGUAUUUCACUGUACCGAACUGCAUCCUGCCACGCUGGCACCGCUGGUUCAUGAUCACCUUCAUUGCUUCAACUUUAUGGAUUGCUAUUUUCUCCUACCUCAUGGUGUGGAUGGUCACCAUCAUCAGUUACACCCUCGAUAUUCCAGACUACAUCAUGGGAAUCACGUUUCUGGCUGCUGGCACCAGUGUGCCCGACUGCAUGGCAAGCCUCAUCGUUGCUCGUCAAGGAAUGGGGGACAUGGCCGUGUCCAACUCCAUCGGCAGCAACAUCUUUGACAUCCUGCUGGGUCUGGGCUUCCCCUGGGCUCUGAGGACUCUGGUUGUAGAUCACGGCUCAGCGGUCUUCAUCAAUAAUAAGGGUCUGGUGUAUUCUGUGGUCCUCCUGCUGGCAUCAGUCUUCCUCACUGUCUUGAGUGUCCAUCUGAAUGGCUGGAAGCUGGACCGGAGGCUGGGUUUGGGCCUGAUGCUGCUCUACUCCAUCUUUCUGCUCUGCUCCAUCCUCUUCGGCCAGCUUUAGAUGAUGCUUCACUGGUUUAUACUGUAGAUCAGGUACUACAUCUUGGGUGGUGUGUAAUGUAGCAGCCAAAGGAACAUUUCUGCUUCAAAAACAGUUAUAAAAGCAGAGGAUCUGGUCUUUGUGAACAUGGCUUAUGCACAAAACGGGGGAAAAUGUGCAAACGCCAACGUUGUGAUCUACUUAAAGUAAUAAACUUGACAGGAGAAUGUGCACAGAUUUAAGUCAAGUCCAAGUGAACAUAAUUAACAAGUAUUGACUUAAUUAAACCAAAUUAAAUCACCAUUCGAGCUUCAAUCUUUAAUAGAAACAUAGUAAUUUAUGGUGGUAAACGUUCACAUAACAUCAGGUUUAAGAUUGAGAAUGAGAAACACUGAUGAAUAUGAUUUCUGUUCAUAGAAAUGACCUGACAGGAAAACAUUAUACAUUUACAUGCAAAUUUGUCUGAUCUGUUUUGCAUAAAAAUGUACGACGCAAACAAAAAGGCUUAUGAUUGUGUGAACUCUUAUAAUUCAGCCUCUAAUCCAACACAUAAACAUAAAAUAGUUAUGAAUUGCCAUCAAUUUGUGUCGUUUCUAUUUUACAUGCUGAUAUUUUUCUUUUAAAAAGCAUUAAAAUCUGCCACUGUUCAGUUGC